GCUGCUAUUUUGUAAGCAGUCACGGUAGAUAGGCCAAUACUUGUUUUACGUCUUUAAAGAGGGAGGCACUGGAAGUUUACGUGACCAUUUGAAGCAACAACAAAACAAAAAAUAUUUUGUUUGCAUGUUUCAGGAACCUCUAAAUAUUCGGUACGCAUUCCGUCGUCAACUGCCUAACAAAGUUUCGACUUUGACAUUAGGAUUUUAAUUUGUCCGUGAAAGAAGCGGGUUUUCUAGUACGUGCAAGUAAGCUGCAAAUAUUUGGACGGAAAAAAAAUCGAAAACAUGAGAGGGAGUUCCUAUGGGGACAGAGAUCGGGACCGUGGACGAGACCGUGGGGCUCGGUUUGGUUCUAGUAGCUACGGCGGCAGCAGGGGCGGACCUCCCCCCAUGAAGUUUGGGAAUCCUGGAGACCGCCUGCGCAAGAAGAAGUGGAACUUGGACGAGUUGCCGAAGUUCGAGAAGAACUUCUACAACGAACAUUCGGAGCUCCAGCGUAUGAGUCAGUAUGAUAUUGAUGAGUUUCGCAGGAAGAAGGAGAUCACUAUUAGGGGCACUGGCUGUCCCAAGGCCGUCACCGGUUUUCACCAGGCUAAUUUCCCCCAGUACGUGAUGGACGUGCUUCUGCAGCAGAACUUCAAGGAGCCCACGGCUAUCCAGGCUCAAGGCUUCCCACUGGCCCUGAGUGGGAGGGACAUGGUGGGAAUAGCUCAGACAGGCUCCGGCAAAACCCUGGCGUAUCUCCUCCCUGCUAUUGUCCACAUUAACCAUCAGCCGUACUUGGAGAGAGGAGAUGGGCCUAUUUGCCUGGUCUUGGCCCCCACCAGAGAGCUGGCCCAGCAGGUGCAGCAGGUCGCCAACGACUACGGCAAGUUGUCACGCCUCAAGAGCACCUGCGUCUACGGCGGCGCCCCGAAGGGGCCUCAGAUAAGAGACCUGGAGAGAGGUGUGGAGAUCUGCAUCGCCACACCUGGUCGUCUCAUCGACUUCCUGGAAUCGGGGAAAACCAACCUGCGACGCUGCACAUACCUGGUGCUGGACGAGGCCGACCGCAUGCUGGACAUGGGAUUUGAACCCCAGAUCCGAAAGAUUGUGGACCAGAUCAGGCCUGACCGCCAGACCCUGAUGUGGAGUGCCACCUGGCCCAAGGAUGUGCGCCAGCUGGCGGAGGACUUCCUGCGGGACUACGUCCAGAUCAACGUGGGCGCCCUGGAGCUCAGCGCCAACCACAACAUCCUGCAGAUCGUCGACGUCUGCAUGGAGAACGAGAAGGACAACAAGUUGAUCCAGUUAAUGGAGGAGAUCAUGGCUGAGAAGGAGAACAAGACUAUUAUCUUUGUGGAGACCAAGAAGCGUUGUGACGAGCUCACCAGGAGGAUGAGACGAGACGGGUGGCCAGCCAUGUGUAUCCAUGGAGACAAGAGCCAGCCUGAAAGAGACUGGGUUCUGAUAGAGUUCCGCAGUGGGAAAGCCCCAAUCCUCAUUGCUACUGACGUGGCCUCUCGUGGUCUGGACGUAGAGGACGUCAAGUUCGUCAUCAACUACGACUACCCCAACUCCUCGGAGGACUACGUCCACCGCAUCGGGCGCACGGCGCGCAGCACCAACAAGGGCACAGCCUACACCUUCUUCACCCCGGGGAACCUGCGGCAGGCCCGGGACCUGGUCCGGGUCCUGGAGGAGGCCCGGCAGGCCAUCAACCCCAAGUUGCUGCAGCUGGUCGACUCUGGACGCGGAGGCGGGGGAGGGGGUGGCCGGCUGCGUUACCGGCCCAGUGGCUCCGAUGACAACAAUCCCAACAUGAUGUACCAGGACGAGUGUGAGCGCCGCAUACGCACUGCCAGCGGAGCCAAUAAGGAGAGCCGCAGCAGCUUCAGCCGCGACGGGCGGAGCCGCGACGGAGACAGGUCCUCCUCGUCCUCCUAUCGGGACCGGAGCAGGGAGGGGAGGAGCGGCUACGGCUCGGGAACCAACCAAUACCAGAGCUUCAGCCGGAGCGGGGGCCAGUCGGGCGGUUCCUCGGGUGUGAACGGCGGGAGGCAGGACCAGUCGGGUCAGUCCCAGGGUCAGUUUGGGCCGCCUCCGUCUGGAGGGCCCCAGCCACUCAUGGCCCAGCAGUUUGCCCCGCUUCAGUCCCCCCUCAUGAGCUUCAUAGGGAAGCCACCGUUCCCCUUUGUUCCCCCACCCACUCCCCCCGCCGCAGCACCCAGGAAGUAGAACGCCACCCUUGAAAUCCCAUUAAGUGUGAAGCUAAUGUAGCUUGUGUCCUUCCCUGAGGGGUAUAGGAGUGGGCAGGUAAGGGCUAAUAUAUUAUCAUUUUGUUGUUUUGUAGUUUAGAUUGCUUACUUUUUUUUGUAGAUUAGAUUGCCCUGUAUAUGUGAAAUGUAUUGUCUCUACUUUUUUGUUUUCAAUUGUGUUUAUCACUCUGUAGAACUACUUGUUAUUUUUUUGUCCGUAACUCGGGUGUUCUGUGCUCUCCGGUUUUCUACUUUCCUACAAAUCUGCAACCAUCUUGAAAUAUGAAUGCAAAUCUGUAGUUGCAGUUGCCUUUAACUGUGAUUCUGAGUUUGAAAUAUCUGUAUGGCUACACCCACUUCAUAGAAAAACAGUCUUACUGUAUCUGGACAUUACAGAUGCAAAAAUCUGUCUGUCUUAGAUUAGUAACCAAAUGAGCAUAUCGGAAGUCUCUUGCCUAGUACAGUCUGUACAUAGAAAGUGGUUGUUUCUUAAGCUGAUUCAUUCCACAGCAUUAAAGUUUUUGUAACCAUUGAAAA